AUGGAUUUCGAAAAUCUAAAUAAUGGUGGUGGAAGGCCAAAGGCGGGAACAGGAAAGAAGCCAGCUCCAGCUCCAUACUCUAAGGGCAAGACCACGAAGAAGGUCACCAACCCACUCUUCGAGUCACAGCCAAAGUCUUUCGGCAUUGGUCAAGACAUCCGUCCAAAGUCUGACUUGACCAGAUUCGUCAAGUGGCCAGAAUACGUUCGCCUCCAACGUCAAAAGGUUAUCCUCCACCAGCGUCUGAAGGUUCCACCAAGCAUUGCCCAAUUCGGCAACACCUUGGACAAGAACACCGCCACUCAAGCCUUCAAGCUUAUGAACAAGUACCGCCCAGAGAGCAAGGUCGAGAAGAAGGCUCGUCUUACUCAAGCUGCUGCUUCUAAGGCUGAGGGUAAGGAGGUUGCUUCAGAGAAGCCACUCUUUGUCAAGUACGGUUUGAACCACGUUGUUGCACUCGUUGAAGCAAAGAAGGCAAACCUCGUCCUCAUUGCUGACGACGUUGACCCAAUUGAGUUGGUUGUUUUCUUGCCAGCACUCUGCCGUAAGAUGGGUGUCCCUUAUGCUAUCGUUAAGGGUAAGGCUCGUCUCGGAACUGUUGUGCACAAGAAGACUGCUGCUGUUGCCGCCAUCCAAGAUGUUCGUGCUGAAGACCAAUCUGAGCUCGCUGCUCUUGUUAAGGCAUGCAACGCCAACUUCAUUGAGAAGUACGAGCAACACAGGAAGUCAUGGGGCAACGGUGUCAGAGGCAACAAGUCUAUUGAGAAGCUUACCAAGCGCGCUAAGGCAGCUGGUCAAGACCCAUCAAAGGUUUCAAAGUACAUCUAA